AUGUCUUUGCAAUCUCAACAAAGAUUCGAAAACGCGCACAAUUCAAAUUCUUUAUAUUGCGCACAUAAUGAUAAUCGAGCAUCAAACAAUGUUCUUUUCCAAACUCAUCAUAAAGGAAGAAAAUCUCAUUUUCAAAAACACUUGCGUAAACCACAAUCUUUUAAUAACUAUCUCUGUAGACACAAUCGUUCGGAUUCUAUCUCAAUAUCUUCUGACUCGACUUCAACGGCAACGUCGUCAACAGAAUCAGAACAUUUAAGACAUAAUAAUUUAAGUGAUUCUGGGUCCAUGAAUGGAACUACGGAAUUACUAAAACGUGUUUCUUCGGUAAUGAGAUUCACAGAAAUUAUAGAGGCGUGGAUUGAUGACGGAAGUAGCAUAUCAUCUUCGGAUAAUAAUAGUGAAGAUGAAUGGGAUCCAUUAGAGGAAGAAGAAGAACAAUUUUUGUUUGUGAGUUCGUCGGGGUUAAGAAAUAAAAUGUCUUGA